AUGCACGUGGCGGAGAAGGGAGAGGGACCCGUGGUUCUCCUCCUUCACGGCUUCCCGGAGCUCUGGUAUUCAUGGCGCCACCAGAUCCUCUCCCUUGCCGCUAGCGGUUACCGUGCCGUCGCUCCCGACCUCCGCGGUUACGGCGACACCGAAGCGCCGACCGAUGUCGCCGAAUACUCUAUCUUCCAUCUCGUGGGCGAUGUUGUCGCUCUCAUCAACUCUCUCGGCCAGGAACAGGUUUUUGUGGUUGGGCACGAUUGGGGAGCGAUUGUAGCGUGGAAUCUGUGCGUUUUCAGGCCGGAUAAAGUGAAGGCUUUAGUCAACCUGAGCGUGGCGUUCCUGCCCAGGAACCAGGCUCUGUGGCGGGUUGAUAACUUGAGGAAGAUCUAUGGGGAUGAUUUCUAUGUUUCCAGAUUCCAGGAAGUUGGAGAAGUGGAAGCUCAAUUGGCCGAGGUUGAUACAGCUCUGCUCAUGAAGAAUUUCUUAGCCUCCAGAAAUCCAGGGCCUCUGAUUAUACCAAAAGAUGGCGGAUUUAGAAGAAUAAAAAGUAAGGAAAUCACAGUCCCUGCUUGGCUUUCUGAAGCUGAUAUCAACUACUACGCGACCAAAUUUAACAAAACUGGCUUCACCGGCGGGAUUAAUUACUAUCGUAACAUGGACAAGAACUGGGAGCUCAGUGCUCCCUGGACUGACAUCCAGAUAAAAGUUCCAACCAAGUUCAUCGUGGGAGAUCUGGAUCUGGCCUACCAUUUCGAAGGGAUGGAGGAUUACAUUCACAAGGGUGGGUUCAGAAGAGAUGUUCCAUUGCUGGAGGAUGUUGUUGUGAUGGAAGGAGUUGCGCACUUCAUCAAUCAGGAGAG